UACCGUCGUUGUGUUGCAUAAACUUCACUUUGCUGGCUGGACGAACAUAACUAGCUGGGUUACCAUGAGUUGAGUAAACGGUGCUGCGUCGUGAAUCUGGUCCCGUCAGUAGACUGAGCUUCUUUUACUGAGGUUCAUUUUAAAGACCGAUAGGUAACGGAGUUGUUUAUGGUGGUCAGUUAUGUGCUGCUUUCAUCCAUAAACUGUUCAAAUGCCUGAGCAUCUGCUGUGAUUUAAAGAAGCUGAAGUCAGCUUCUCAUUCACCAGCUUCUUGUUCGAGUUUUACCGUUCCACCUUAAAUGCUGUGCCAUUGCCAAUAGAAAGCCAACUUCAGCGUCGUUGUGAGCUAAGAUGUUGCCAUAGCUGUCAUAGCCGUAGCUCAUUUAUGUCCAUAUCUGAAAUUAAAUUUCAUUCGGUUCACAUGUUCUCUGAGCUCACCUGUAAGCACAGAAGAAAACGUCGCUCAGACUGGCGGAGACUGUGACUCGCUGCUGUCCAUUUUGUGCUCCAUGUUACUCUUCCUACGAUCCCUAUAUCACUAUGGUGCGCCACAGUAAGUUACAGAAACAGGUCUUAUCACUGUACCGUCAGUUUCUGCGUGCGGGACGAGCCAAACCAGGGUUCGUACCCAGGAUACGUGAGGAGUUCCGGGCAAACGCUGCCAUCAAAAAGACAGACGUCAUGUAUAUAGAGUACCUCUGCCGGCGGGCCCAGCGGCAACUGGAGCAGCUUAAAGAUGUAAACACCAAACAGCUGGGAAUCUUCAGCAAAACGGAGGAGAACAGCUGAUUGAUUCACUGUGAUGGACAAUCAUUCAUUUGAGAACAGUGUUUGAGUUAUAGAGAAUCAUUUUGUUCUGUUUUAAAUUGAUGAUGAAUGCAAUACACAGUUCAAAAACAAUUACUUAAAAUGUAUUUGUUUGGCUGGCAGGGUUGUUUCACGCUGGCUUACCCCACUAUCAGAUUCUUAUACAACAGGAAAUGUGUCCUCUGUAUAGUGGGAACUUCCAGAACUUUAUUCUCUGAUCCAAACACCAAGACAGCCCAAUAAAUGAAGUUACUCUUUCAACUGGC